AUGAAUUCACCGCCUGCGUAUGCUCCCACCACCGCCACAUCCUUCACGAUCUCUUCACUUAACGAUGCCAAAUACCACGAAGAAGUAACCAAGUCAUCGUUAAUAAAGUCUUCCAUUCACAAAUCAACAUAUGAUGCACUUGCAGAGAUCUUCUCCAUACUUCCAACUUUGGAUAUGUUGGAGAACUCGUAUGUUAAAGAUUACAUCACAGACAAAGAAAAGUUCACCAAGACUUCUUACAGACUCAUACACCAGUACCAGAUCAUCAUGCUCCGUGAAGUUCUUGCCAUGCCAGACUUGCUGGACGAUUUGUCAAAUUUCUUACCUCGUUUCGCUGAUAAGUUCAAUCUCAAUACUCCGAAAGCCAUAAAACGUCUUCAAGUAGGUAUACCAGCCACCAUAGAACAGAUGAGUAGUCAAGUAGACAGCUCCAGCCAUCCAGGAACAACCGGACUUGCCAGCAUAGGAACAACCACUAUCCCUACAUCUUCCAGCGCCACUUUACUUGUACAGAUCACAGCCAACUUUCUCACUGUUAUGGAUGCCUUGAAGUUGAACUACAGGACUAAAGAACAAUUGCAUCCGCUUCUAAGCGAUUUGGUGGUCAAUCUCAACGACUUGGUAGAAAAUGGUAACCACAAGGAGUUUGAUUUCCAAGGAAAAUCAAAGUUGAUCACAUGGUUGAUCAAGUUGAAUAAUUUGGGUGACAGCCAGGAGUUGUCAAGCGAAGAUGCUGAUUCGUUCUUUGAGGAUUUGGAUUCGGGAUACAAGGCAUUCUAUGAUUCGUUAGAGCAUUUGUAG